UAUCAGGAGUAAAAUAACAUAAUUAAAAAAAAACGCUUAGCCUAUCCGCAAACCCCUAUUUGCUGCCCGCAGAAAGCAGAAGAGAAAAGCGCACAUGUUACCGGUUGGACGCUGCCAAGCCGAAUUGACUAGCCUAGCUGGCUACGGUAUUACUCAGUGAUUCUCACCUAAUCUCCCAGAUUGUCCGGGAGUUGCUGCAGUCGAUGCUGCAGUUUUUAUUCUCCUGCUACGCCGGUCGGUGCGCUGCGACUGCAGACUCGAUGAGAAAGACAUGCUUGCUUUCGUCCUCGUUUCUGGGUCUAUCUGGAUUAUAUUAGAGCUGAGUUCCACCCUGAUGGAGAGGAUGCAGGCGCAGGAGCUGCUGAGGACCCUGCGGCUGCCAGAGCUGGAGGACCUGAGCCAGUUCUUCCGCUCCCUGCCGGCCCCCACGCUGGUGGGCAUCGGCGCCCUGACCGCCAUCCUGGCCUACUGGCUCACCACCCGCCCCCGAGCCAUCUCCCCCCCCUGUGACCUCCGCCACCAGUCCCAGGAGAUAGAGCAGGAGGAUGGGGCACGCAGGGCUGUCCUGGGAGACGGUGCCAAGCUGCUCACACACUACCACGAGGAUGCCAAGACCAUGUACGAGGUGUUCCAGAGGGGCCUGCAUAUAACUGGCGAUGGUCCUUGCCUUGGGUCUCGAAGGCCCAACCAGCCCUAUACAUGGCUGUCCUACCAAGAGGUCACGACCCGGGCAGAGCACCUCGGGUCUGGGCUGCUGUAUCAGGGCUGCAAGCCAAGCACAGAUCAGUUUAUUGGAGUCUUUGCACAAAACCGGCCUGAGUGGAUCAUCUCUGAGUUGGCCUGCUACACCUACUCCAUGGUAGUUGUGCCUCUAUACGACACCCUGGGACCAGACGCCAUUCGUUACAUUAUCAAUGUCGCUGAAAUCUCAACAGUGAUUUGCGACAAGCCGGAGAAGGCCCAGGUUCUCCUGGAGAACGUGGAGCGGAAGGACACUCCGGGGCUGAAGAGGGUGAUACUCAUGGACCCCUUCGACCACCUCCUCCUGGAUCGGGGAGAGCAGUGCGGGGUGCAGGUUCAGGCCCUUCAGGACGUGGAGGCUCUGGGCAGAGAACACUACAGAAGCCCUUUGCCUCCUUUGCCGGAUGACCUGUCCAUUGUGUGCUUCACCAGUGGAACCACAGGAAACCCCAAGGGAGUGAUGCUCACCCAUGGGAACGUCGUGGCGGACUUCUCAGGGUUCCUGAAAGUGACCGAUAAAGUCAUCUUUCCCAACCAGGACGACGUGCUCAUCUCCUUCCUGCCCCUGGCACACAUGUUUGAGAGACUCAUCCAGUCCGUGGUCUACUGCCACGGCGGAAGGAUCGGGUUUUUCCAAGGUGACAUCCGGCUCCUCUCGGAGGACAUGAAGGCCCUGCGGCCCACCAUCUUCCCAGUUGUUCCCCGCCUGCUGAACCGAAUGUACGACAAGAUCUUCAGCCAGGCCAACAACCCGGUGAAACGCUGGCUGCUCAACUUCGCAGCCAAGAGAAAAGGGGCGGAGGUCGAGAGCGGGGUCAUUCGCAGCGACAGUCUGUGGGACAAGAUCUUCUUCAGCAAGAUACAGGCCAGCCUGGGUGGGCGGUUGCGGAUGAUCGUAACGGGGGCCGCCCCGACCUCUCCCACAGUUUUGGGGUUCCUGAGAGCCGCCCUGGGCUGUCAGGUGUACGAGGCGUACGGGCAGACCGAGUGCACGGCUGGCUGCACCUUCACCACGCCAGGAGACUGGACAUCCGGGCAUGUUGGAGCGCCUCUGCCCUGUAACCUAAUCAAACUGGUGGACGUGGCUGACAAGAACUACUUUGCCUCAAAAGGAGAGGGAGAGGUGUGUGUGAAGGGACCCAACGUGUUCAAGGGCUACCUCAAAGACCCAGAGAAGACAUCCGAAGCCUUGGAUCCAGACGGAUGGCUCCACACCGGAGACAUUGGAAAAUGGCUGCCUAAUGGCACAUUAAAGAUCAUCGACCGGAAGAAGCACAUCUUCAAACUGGCUCAGGGGGAGUACAUCUCGCCAGAGAAGAUCGAGAAUAUCUACAUCCGCAGCGAGCCCAUCACCCAGCUCUACGUCCACGGAGACAGCCUGCAGUCUUGCCUGGUGGGAAUUGUAGUCCCAGAUCCUGAGGUGAUGCCAUCCUGGGCCAGGAAAAAGGGGCUUGAGGGCUGUUAUGGAGAACUAUGUAAAAACAAGGACUUGAAGAAGGCCAUCAUGGAUGACAUGGUGAAGCUGGGCAAGGCCAGUGGCCUCCACUCGUUCGAGCAGGUCAAAGACAUCUACAUCCAUUGUGAGAUGUUCACCAUAAAUAACGGCCUGCUGACGCCCACACUGAAAGCCAAGAGGCCAGAGCUGAAGGAGUAUUUCAAGGGCGAGAUUGAGCAGCUGUACUCCAACAUCUCCAUGUAACCCCAUCGAACGAAUGACCUGGUUUCUAGGACCUGUAGCAAUAUUGCUGUAACAUUAACCAUCUGUCCUUAACUUCCCAUCAAAACAAAACAAAAACAAAAAAAAAGAGAAAAAAAUAAGUAAAUCCUCACUGGGUCAUGGCUGAAGAAGAGUUUAUUCUGUUUGUGUUCUUCCUGCACAGCAAGUCCUCUGACACUGGAGGAUAAUGGGAGCAUGAAACAAAAAAAAACAGAAACAAAUUUGACCCAAAGCGGCAACAGCCAAAAAAAAAACAGCCUGCAUUGACCUCAUCAUCUGUCGGCCAAAAAAAAAAGAACAAACAAAAAAAAAGAAGGACAAAAAAUUAUUUGUACUUAAUCUGCAAGAUUUUUAUUUUAUUUUACUGUGAACUCUGGACUGUGUCUGGCGAAGGCCAGUGCAUGCUAUGGUCUCUUCCGAUCCCCAGCAGACCUCGUUCUCCCUCGGUGGGGGGGGGGCGGGGGCUAAGGCACAUCCCGGGCUGCUAACACAAAGCCAACAGACACCACAGUCAGCUGUUACACCACCAGACUUUCUCACGUAGUCGAGGCGUGCAAGCUCCGGCACGAUGCAGGCAUAGAGUUUGACCGUUCGGUUUGUGUAGACCUUCGUAAUUGCUUUUUUGACUUUAUUUUGAGCCCAAAGACGUAUUACUUUAAUGUACAUACUAUUGAAGAAAAUUAGAUGUAACUAUAUUUAAGCAAUGGAUUGAAAGGGUUUUUAUUUAUUUAAUUUAUUUAUUUAUUUGUUUUCUUUCUUUUUUUUUUUUUUUUUGGUGUGUAGUGAGAAAAUAAUUGUACCAUUAUUUAAUCCGCUGUCAGAUGGAAUCAGCACCUUGUAACACAUACUUCCAGCAAUAGGGAUGGGUGAGAAUGGGUCGGACAAAUAAAGAGAAACUCUGGAACAAUCAUACAAGAUUUUAAUUUAUUCUUUAGAAAGGUUUCCAUGUCGAGCAAUGCAAAAAUUAUGGGGAUACCUUUGCGGGAAGUAUUUAAGCAGUGUGAGCAUCUAUUCCAUCAUUGUGAAAGAUUCUGUCAGUGAAGCACUGUUGUGCCGUUUUAUCUCGGCUACGCAUUCUUAAACCCUUUUGGUUUUUUGGAAUGCUUUGUUUCCCUCAAAAACCAGCAAGUCAGUGUUCUAGAACUCUAUUGCUUCCAAUUACCACCCAGCCAACACAAAUCAUUCUCACAACGUUUUGGGAAUUCUCACAUUCUCACUAUGCAUUGGCAACGGUGACUACACAUUCCAAUAACAUUGUGAGAACAUUUUGUGUCAACUGGGCCGUAGUGAUUGUUACAUCAAUCAUUAGAACGUUCAGUUAAGAACAUUUGAAUCACACAUUUGCCAUCUUACACCAGAAAGGGGAAAAAAAAAAAAAGAAAAGAAAAAAAGCAAUAAUUGUUUCCUCUAAACUCGUCCAACAGUUGUAAUCCCUGGGACUCAAGCACAGAAACAAUUAGUAAAAGUUUUAUUCUUUCAGUUUGGUUAAAGUUUGAACCGUUUACUGUCUGGUGUCAGAACAGGUGCACUGAAACACUCCCACUCACUACGGAGGUAAAUGAUUGCACUUUUGUAUCUAUACCGUGUAUCUACACCAAACCCUAGAGCAGGGGUCCGCAACCCUGGGACUCCUGGAGAGCCGCAGGGUGUGCUGGUUUUUGUUGUUACUCAGCACUUAAUUGAGCAAUUAAACCAGUCGAUUACUCAGUUAACUGGCCUCACCUGGUUUUUUGGGUAUGAAUCAUUUGCUGGUAUUAAGGUGAAAACAAAAACCAGCACACCCUGCGGCUCUGCAGGAGCCAGGGUUGCCGACCCCUAUGUAUGGCAUUCAGUAUUUACAUUUGAAUGUGGUUCCCUUGGCCAUCGUAGUGUCCUAUUUGUAUAAUUCAACUGCAGAUAACGUAAAAUUUCAGGCCAGUGACACAUUACGCAUUACUGCACGACACAUACAUUACACACAAUGGGAGCUAGCAUAAGGUACUGGUUGUGGUUUCUCUUUUUUUAUUUUUUUAUUUUGAGUAGAUAGAUCGAUAGAAAGAUAGAUACAUAGAUAAACUUUAUUCAUCCCCAUGGGAAACUCAUUGCCAGCAUAAACAAUCGUGCAAUUGAAUAAUAAACUGUUACAGGAAGACUCAGCUUUACACAUUACAAACAUAACAGUAUUUCAUUGAAAAGAAAAUUAUACCUUCCAUACCUCAGGAAAAAUAAUAAUGUUGCAUAUUAUUAAGACUGAAGGUUUAACCUAAAUAUCCACAAACUCGUGAUCUUUGGAAGGAAAGAUUUCACUUGUAAUGUAUGCCUUUUUCAGAUAUAACAUUUUAUCUGCUUAAAAAAAGAUAUCGUUACACAAUGGAUAUGCCCAUGUCAUAACUUUCAGCAAACAUGCAAAUAUGUGAAACCCCAACAUGUAAGCAUGUGCAGCACACUGGUAAAGUUAAGAGAAGGGACUGAAAAUAUUUUGUAUGUAAAACAAAUCUAACCUUUCCAACUGCUAGCGGACGGCCGGGAUUAUUGUAAAAAUAAUAUAAAUGCGUAAAAAGGUUCCCGGUGAAUGUGUCAAGAGAAAACAUGCAUGAAGCGAAAGGUAUGAAAAACAUAUAUUUUUCAUUUACUGUAUAUAAUGGCACCAUAGAGCACGAUGUUUGUAGCCUAUCUAGUUUCUCUAACCAAACUGCAGGAGAGGAAUAAAGCUAUUAUUGUUGCACAUGUA